UCAGUCAGUCUGACUCUGACAGAAAAAAGAAACAUGAAAUCUUUGUUGAUUUGUUGAGAAAUAGUCUUAAAAAUUUUAGAUUUGCAACAGUGUGAAAGAUAUUGUGAAUUUUUUUUAAUCAUGGGUGAUGACAAGCAAGCCAGCGAUGUUCAAUCAGAUCUAUCUCAAGCGACUGAGAGUUUAAAAAUUGAGAGUGAGCAAAAAGAUAAUGGAGACUCUUCGAAAGGAGACAACAAAGUUAAAAUUGACAUCUUGUUGAAAGCCACAGGAAAUGCACCCAUUAUGAAGAAAAAGAAAUGGGCUGUUGAUGCAGAGAAACCAAUUGGUUGGAUCAUGGAAUUUGUGAAGAAAUAUCUUAAAUUAGAGCCUAAUGAGAAAUUGUUUCUGUAUGUGAACCAGACAUUUGCUCCAUCUCCGGACCAAUUAGUGAAGAACUUAUAUGAGUGUUUUGGUACUGAUGGUAAACUGGUGUUGCAUUACUGUAAGAGUCAAGCUUGGGGCUGAGUGUCCUUAGAGUUCAGAGUUCUGUGGCAUAAUGAGACUAUUCUAAAAAUAAGGUGUUGAUUUUAUAUUGAAUCAUUUACAGUUUCUAAUUGGCUGUUUUUAUUGUUUAUUGUGUGGUGUGUAGUGUAAUAAAUGCAGUUUUGAGGUUUUUCUUUGGUAAACUUCCGAGCUCUUUUAACUAUAUUGCUGUUGUCAUUGUUGCCAUAUCAAACAUGUACCAUGUGAUUGAUUACUGCAAUCUUUUAUUUGUUGGCUAAUAACUACAACUAAAUGGAAGUAUGUAAUGUGUUUAGUGAAACAACUAUACCAAUAUUCUGUUUAGGUGCAUUCUCAUAAACAUUGUUUACUGGUCAUGUCUCAGAAUAAUGAAGUUGUGUUUAAAAAGUGUAGGUAUUUAUGUAAAAUUGUUUUAGUUCUAGUCACUACAAUUCUUCUAUCAACAUAUGUUUUUCUGCAGUUAUAAUUCAGUGUAAAUAUCAUUACUAUUAUUGUCUCUGUGAAAGCUUUCACAUGGAGAAAUAAAUGUCAAUGUGUUAUCAAUCAUGAUGACCAUAACUUAUCUACAUGUUUUAAGAUUUUAAAAACCAUAGUAAAUCUCAAUAAAUCUCAAUCGAAGCCAAGUCUAGUUUGCCUUGCAUAUUAUUCAUUUGCUACCUUUACCACACUGAAAUAGCUUUCACCACAACAUAGACAUCAGGAGACUGAAUUAGCUUAAAGCAAAAUAAAUAAUACCUGAAGAUCACUUCUGUAUGAAUCGUACUGCAGGCAGAUGUUUGAUUGCAUUCCACAAGGCUUAAUGUGAGAUGAGCUCUGUGCCUGCUAAUGUAUGUGCAUUUUUAAAUGUGAUAUUGUAUCAUACUAGUUAUAAGUAUAUGUAUAUGAAAUAAAUGAGUAACGACUUUGUAAUGUA